AUGCCCCCUAACCCUGACAAAGCCUCCGCCCUCCUACAGGAAUGCCGCCUGGUGCUGACGAUGCUCUCGGCCUCCUCGCGCCUGCUGGUCUUCCACGAGAACGCGAGCGAGGCCGCCUUCGUGGGCAAUCCUCACCUGGUGGAGUACACUGUGGGCCGAGUGAGCGUCGAGGUCAUGAACCAGAGGGACUUCGCGGUCAUGCAUGUGAAGAUAUCGCUAGUGAGACGCGCGGGAUACAUCUUAAUGAACGUGUACAUCCCUUCGACGCUGCUGCUGAUCGUGAGUUACGUCACCCUGUACUUCCGCGUCGGCAUCUUCCAAGCCAGGGUUUUGGGGACUCUCACCGCCCUGUUGGUCAUGGCCACGCUCUUCACGCAGGCGUCCUCGCACCUCCCGAAGACGUCCUACUUCAAGAUGGUGGACGUGUGGCUCCUGACGUGCAUCUUCGUCAUCUUCAUCGUCAUCGUCUUUCACGUCAUAAUCGACAGGGCGUUCGAGAGGGCCGAGAGAGCCCCUCCUGCGAUUCCUGCAGCGCCUUCGCCCUCCCCUGCAGUGCAAGCCGUGAAAGUGCAUCCCUCAGGAGGAACCGCUGCCACAGCCCCCUCCAAAGACCCGAGAGGCGCCUUGGAGUUCUUGUCCGCCGGCAGGAGAUCAAGUCUUCACCUUCGUCUGCGUGUCCGCUCUCCUCUCUAUCAGAACCUAAUCCUGGGAGCUCGCGUGGUCGUGUUCGCGGCGCUCCUCACGUUCAACAUUGUUUACUGGAGCACUGAAGUGACAAUAAUAUGGAAGGAAAGAUGCGAGUACACUCCUGCCUCCUUGAAUCUCUAA